UUUUAUUACUAACCUAUUUUUAUUCAGAGUUGAAAUUUGCCGCCACUUUUCAUCACCGUACCGGAUGGGUGUAAAUGUAAUAGAUUCAUUUGAUUAGGCUUUAAUUUUGUUCUAAUAUAAAAUAUUGCUUUUUUCGAUAUGAGUUUGAAAAGAGGUGCUCUAAUUGUAAUAGAAGGCGUAGAUCGUUCUGGAAAAUCAACUCAGUGCAAAAAAUUAGUGAAAUCACUUGAGGAUAAAGGAAUUAAGGCCAAAUUGAUGAAUUUUCCAGAUAGGACAACUCACACAGGCGGCUUAAUCAACAAAUAUCUUACAGAUAAAAGUUGUGCUCUAAAUGAUAAAGCUAUUCAUCUCUUAUUUGCUGCAAAUAGAUGGGAAAGUUAUGACAAUAUGAAGAAUUUAUUGAACCAAGGAUGCACUUUAAUAGUGGAUAGAUAUUCCUAUUCAGGGAUUGCUUUCUCAUCGGCAAAGAAACAUAUGGACAUCAAUUGGUGUAAACAGCCGGAAAUAGGUCUCCUCAAACCAGACUUAGUACUUUUGCUCACUUUAUCAGAUGACCAAAUGAUAAAGAGGCCUGGGUUUGGAGAAGAGAGAUACGAAGAUUUAAAUUUCCAGAAAUCUGUUUCGGAAAUCUUCAAAACUUUUGCGGAAAGAGAAGAUAAUUGGAAACAAAUGGAUGCUAGUGGUACAAUUGAGGAUGUACAUGAAAAAUUACUACAUGAAGUUUUGGAUACAUUGAAAAACAUGGGAACAUCACCCCUACAAAUGUUGGAUUUUCGCAGCAAUAAUUAAUAAUUUAGCAUAAUAAGGAAUAUAUAUGAUAUUAUACAGGGUGAGUUUUUGACUUGUCCAUAUAUUUCAACCGAAUAUUUCUGAGGUCGGAGGAAACACUUUUUAGUUAUAUCUCGCAGAUGGAAUGGAAUAGAAGGAACUGAUUUUCGGAAUAUAGUUUUUAUUGAUGUGAUGAAUCUUUUCUGAACAUAAAAUUCCAUCAAAGUCUGGUCAAUUCCAGAAUGCUAUACCAAGAGAGAAAAAAAUCGAAUAGGAAAAAAAAUAAAUAAGAAGAAAGUGUGUGAUAAUAAACUACUCUUUUGUUGGCUAAUAGUCUUUACUUUCCACUGUAUAUACAAACUGUUUUUUAAUAACAAAUAUUACUGUAACUAUGGAAACUGUAUUUUCAUAAAAAUAUAUGAAUGAAUUGAUUGAAUAUUAUUCAACUAAUAUCAAACUGGAACAACGUGUUUCUUUUGAUCUAAGGAUUCUUUGGUUGAAAUAUAUGUACAAGUCAAAGACUCACCCUGGAUAUUCUUCUUAGACAAAAAUAAGAUGAAUAAUUACAUCUAUUGAUGAAUUAUUUGUGAAAAUAAUAUUAGUGAGCAAUAUGGUUUUCUUCAUCAAAUAUCAUAUUUCUUCAAAUCUAUGUAUUUGUUAUCAACAAUUUGGUAGCAGUAUAUCAACUGACUUACCAAAUAAAUUAUUAUAGUAUAGAGAUUUAAUUUUGUCAAUUAUUAAGAGUGUUUCACAAUUAACCCAACCUUAAGAUAGAAUACUACAUAAUAUGACUGCUGAAUUCAAAUCAUUUCCUAAAACCACUUGCUUUACAAAACACUGAUUUUUAGUUUUCACAUAUUUUUUAUAAAUAAUAUUCUGUAUCCAACAAAGUAAAUUUUGUGGUAUCGUGGCUGUGUACUCGUAUAAAUUCUAGGUUAGGUAUCAAGUGAAAUGUGUAUUUAAACUCAAGUUAAAUUUUUCUUUCUUUAUUAGUUGGUGUUACGCACAGGUAAAUAUUUCACGAAAUAAAUACCUCUGUAAUUUUU